AUGCCUCUAGCGAAACGUGCCCGUCAAUCUUCCCCCGGCUACAAACCGACCAAACUAUCCAGAACACCCGCCAAGAAGCCAAGAGCUUCCGAGCCAGCUCCGAAGGGUAGCAAGCGCAAAUCCGCUGACGAUGAUGAGGAGUACGACACCAAGCAGAAGAACGUGAAAGAUGGCAAGAAGAGGAAGAUACAAGAGAUCGGCGUGGAAGAGGAAGGAGUUGAAUUCGUAGAAAGUGAUGAUGAGGAAGAGUCUAAUAAAUCAAAGGAUACUCAAGAAGGCCUUCAAACCAUAUUUAAAGACCUUUCAAGUAAAUUCCAACUGAAAAAGGGCAAGAAGUCAAAUAAGAAGGGGAACGCAGAUGAUAAGCAAAUUGCGAAACUUGAUGAGAUGUACGAUGAAGUCUUGGAACAGAUUGAAGAAUGGCAGAAAGGUGAAAAUGGGCUUGAUCAUAGACAACAGAAAAUCAACGACCUUUUCCUGCAUGUGGAUCAAACUCUUGUCGCAGACACCAGCAGAUCUCAGGGAUUACAAAUGCUAUUGGAAACUCAUGCAACUCGUUGGACUGAUUUCUACCCCCACUAUUUGGAAUUUUCAAACGAAGAUCAACGUGCUCUUAGAGCAAGUUUGACAAGUACCAUCUCAUCAUAUGAGCAACGACCUAAAUCAAUCGGAAAGACAAUCAAGGUAUUCACGAAACUGCAAAAAGACAGACUUAAAAAAAUUCAAGACGAACUCAAGGUCAACCUCGAUUCUCAGAAGAUGUUGCAACACAGUCGAAAGAUGAUGCACGCAUUUAUCAAUUGUUGA